AUGAUUCCAACUAAACUAAUUAAAAACCAAAAUAAAUUUUUUAUAUUAAAAAGAUUAUAUACAACAAAUGUAUUAAAAUCAACUUCAAUAUGUUUAACUAAUAAUAAUAAUAAUAAUUACAAUAAUAAAAGUAAUAAUAUUAAAAGAUUUUAUUCAUCAUCAAAUGAACCAAAUAAAAAUUCAAAAGAUGAAAAUGAAUUAGAAAAGAAUAAAAAAGAAAAUGAAAAAAAAAAACAAGCUGUUGAUGAACAUGAAGAAGAAGAAGAUGAUGAAGAUGAAGAGGAUGAAGAUGAUGAAAAACCAUCACUUGAUAAUAAAUAUUUAAUGCCAUUAGGUACAGAUAAAAAUGAAAGUAUUUUAGAGGAUAGAAAUGAUGAUAAUCCAGAAUAUAUAUUAUUAGAAGCAUUAGUUAAAUCAAAGCAAUAUAAAGGUGGCUAUGGUUUAGCAGCAAAUCUUUCAUUGGCAGAAUAUCUACAUCGUUAUACACCAAUUAGAGAUACUCCUGUUAUUCCACCACACUUUUUUAGUGCCCCAUUAAUCAAUGAACUAUUCCAAUAUAACCCAUUCUUAUUAAUUUUACCACACCCAAGAGUAUCAGGAUUUGCUGAAAAUUUUCAAUGGAAUGCUGCAAUUCUUUCAGAUUCAAAAAAACCUUUAUAUCCAACUCUUGAUAAAGAUGAUUUUUUAAAAAGUUCAAAAAAUGCAUUAAAAACAAUUUAUAGAAUUGCAAAAGAAGGUAAAUCAAUGGAAUUACAAGAAUUAUCAUGUCAACCUGGAAUUGUUAAUUUAUUAUUAUUACGUGACUCAUUCUAUGCAAUUGAAACUGGUAAUGAUGAAUUUAAAUUCAAUGCAAAUGAUAUAGAUAUUGAUAAUUUCGAUUUUCAACCAAUCACUGCACUCACAUUAGAGUCUGAUAAAGAUUUUGGUGAAACUAUUAAAAUUGAAGCAUUUUAUUUAGUCACCUCUGAAAAGUAUAAAUUAAAUCAAAAACAUUGUCCUGUCACCAUUAAAGUAAAUUGGGUUUCACCUGUUGAUGCUUUUGAUUGGAAAAUAUAUGAUAUUUCAUAUAAAACACCAUUUGAUCUUAAUUAA